GUGUUGUGGGAAAAUUUGUGGAAUUUUUCGGUCCGGGCUGCGCGAAUCUAUCACUAGCCGAUCGCGCGACAAUAGCUAAUAUGGCUCCUGAAUACGGGGGGACUAUGGGGUUCUUCGGGGUGGAUGAGAAGUCGUUGAACUAUCUGCUGCAAACGGGCCGAUCGAAGGAGACUGUGGCUAACGUGGAGACCUAUCUAAGAGCACAGGGCAUGUUUCAGGUGAGAUGUGAAU